AUGGGAGUUAUAAAAUUUUGGGGGGGCCACGGCCCCCCUCAGCUCCCAAGAAGAUCCGCCACUGAAAGAGGUCAUCCUGUAAGAGGUCAAGAGGUCAUCUUGUAUGAGAGGUCAUACUAUAAGAGAGGUCAUCCGGUAAAAGAGGUCAUCACCCUGAAAAGAGGUCAUCCUGUAAGAGGCAUCCUAUGUGAGGUCAUCUUGUACGAGACGUCAUCCUAUAUGUUAUCCUGUAAGAGGUCAAGAGGUCAUCCUAGAAGAGAGGUAAGAGGUCAUCAUGGAAGAGAGGUAAGAGGUCAUCCUGUAAGAGAGGUAGGAGCAAAGAGCAAGGAAGUUGGUUGGUUUAGGAGGAUACACAAAUGCUUUGCAGGGAAAAGUGCUGGUGUGAAGGUUUCUGAAAUUAAUGGCCAAGAUAUAGGUGUUGCAUUCUUUCUUCAUUUUUCUGUUCAUGCUUCGAACAAGGACCACAAGGAGGGGGAAGACACAAGAAUUCUCCCCGUUCAUUACUCAGAUAACUAUUUUUCACUUGUGCCAGGAGAGACCAUGACUAUUAAAAUUUCUUUUGAGGUCCCUCCAGGUGUCUCUCCUCUAGUUACUUUGCAUGGCUGGAAUUUCGACCAACAAGCCAUCCAUGAAGGUCUUUAG